AUCACUUCACCUCCACCUCAACCAUGCUGUUCAAGAAAUCCACUCCGCCUCCCACUCCCCUGAAGGUUGUCGUCUUGGGGGACUGGAAUGUCGGCAAAACAUCUUUCAUGGACAUGUUUCUCCACGGAAAGCCGUUUAUCCGCUACCCUCUUGGUGAAGAAGAAGCCAUGUCGCAACGUACCAUAUGUUAUGCCAACCAAGACUGGAACCUCUCACUCAUGGAUCUCGUUACGCCCAUUCACAUGUCUUCCAAAUAUCGUGAAGUAUUCCACGGGUACCUAAGUAGCGCCGAUGGUGUCAUUCUGCUCUACGAUAUCACAGACCGGCGUUCGUUUGAGGAUCCCAAUAGCCCCGAACACAAUAACCCUAUCAAGGACAUGUACGAGGAUGGCUUGUAUUGUCGCAAUAGUGUGUUUACCAGGAAAGGCACCGAAGGCGGGAUGGUGGGGUUGAAGAAGCGCUUUGGAUGUGUGCUAGUAGGGAAUAAGAGAGAUUUGGUUGAUCAAGAUGAAGACAAGCGGCAAGUCAAGAAGGAGAUGGCACAGCAACACGCAGCGAGUCAAGGCUUCAAGCACUUUGAGAUAAGUUCGCUGGACCGAGGAGAGAUUGAGCGUGUUAUGGAAGCAUUGAUAGACAGAAUCCAGAAAGCGAGAUGGAUGGAUGCACGAGACGUCGAAGAUGGAAAGUCAGAUGCUAAGAAAGAGAAGGCGGAGCGAGGCGAAAAGACCUUGAUCAGUCGGAUCUUGAAGAUAAAGUAGGGCUUUGUGACAUUCAUAUCGUUUGGUGGUUGACAACGCAGGUUUGCCCACUGAAGUCCGGGUACCGGCUCGUUAGCUCUACGCUUGCACUUGCUAAACAUCAGCACCUUCAUCAGCAUCUACCAGCUCAUGUCUCGCGUAAACUAACAAGUUCCAAGUACGGCACCAUAUAAGCCGGCUGAAACGUUGAUCUUUACACUUUCCAAAGACAUCCGAGCUAAAGAUGGUACGCGAAAGGCGUCACUCCAUACAUAGCUACACCGUCUAAGCCGAAAUAGGUCUAGCGGCUUCUGGUUGCCGUAAAUCACUUUUUGACCCCAAAGCCACGCCGUCAGCAGAUGGUCCACUGAACAGCGCUUGUAUCAAUUAUCUACUACGAGAAUCCAAUUAAAGUAUGAGAUUGCCA